AUGGAGAGUUUGUGCCCCUUGGAAAAUAAUUGUUUUAUAUUUCCUCAUAAGGAUAAUAAAUAUAUUAAGAAGCAUUUAAAAAAAUGUCCUUUAUAUUUAAAAAACUUAUACUUACAUUACACUCCUUUUCAUUUCCCUUAUAUUAAUGAUAGUAAUAUAUAUAUAUUAAAACAUAAUGAUGUGGAGAAUGUAUUAAAUGAAUAUUAUAUAUUAUUCAAUAAUAUAAUACUAGACACAGUAAAAAAAAUGAGUAUACCUAUAAAAACAUUUGAUACCUUUUUAUAUAUGAAAUAUAAUUUAUUACUAGUAUGGUAUAUGAAAUAUGGAAAGGAUGUUUUCUUUUCUAUGUUAGAAAAUGAUAUAUAUAAAGAAAAGUUGGAUAAAAAAAUAAAUAAUAAUAUAAAUAAAAGUAACAUUGUGGAUAUUAAUAUAGAAGAGCAGAAUUUAUUAUUAUAUAUUCAUAUUAAUAAAUUAAAAAAUUUCAUAUCUAAUAAAAGAAAUUCAUAUAACAAUAAUAAUCAGUGUAAUCAGAAAUAUUGUGUAAACAAGUUUGUAAUAGAAAAAAAUACAAAAUAUACAACUCAUAUAUAUAAUAUUAAUAAUAUUUCUUUAGAAGAAAAUGGUAACAGUUAUAAUAGUAUAGCUACAGAAGAACAACAUUUUUGUGAUUCUAAAACAAUUAAUGAUAAUAAUAAAAAUUGUAGUUCACCUAACAAAAAAAGUGACUAUAAUAAAAUGGAUGAUAAUCAAAAUGAUGAAAAUAAUAAAUAUACUUUGCCUAUGUUAACUUUAAAAAAUAUAGGGAAUAUUCAUAAUUAUAAAAUAACUAGGGAUAUAAUAAAUUAUGUGGAUGAGUUUGUAUUUAAGUCUUCUGAUUUUUUCGAUGGAGAAGAAAAGAAGAGCAAAGAGGUAAAGAUAAAAAAAAAAAAUGAUGAUAAUAAACAAAAUAGUGGUGGUAAUAAUAAAAAUGAUGGUGAUAAUAAUCAAAAUGAUGGUGGUAAUAAUCAAAAUGAUGGUGAUAAUAAACCAUAUAGUGGUGAUGAUAAACCAUAUAGUGGUGAUGAUAAUGGCAGAAAUAUUUUUUCAAAUGAUAAAAUAUCCUUUUUAUUAAUUGAAAAAAAUGAACUGGACAAAGAUGAAAUUCUUAGUGUUAUAAUUUAUUUAACUAUUUAUCUAUGUUGUAAAUUAAAUAUAAUAAAAAGAAUAAAAAAUAAAAAUUUUAAUAGAAAAGAGAUUGAAAAAAUAAAACAAGAUGAUAUAUAUUCUAUUUUCUUUUUUUUAAAUAAUAUAGAUAAACAUGAUAUACAAAAUAUAAAUUUAUUAUUUUUACUUAUAUAUUUCAAUGAGUUCUUUUAUAUAUAUUUCUAUAAUUUAUUAAACCAGAAAGACAUAUUUAUAUCCUCUACACACAAAAAAAACAUACAGUCUUUAUUUAUUGAACUUGGUGCAGGUAAAGCAAAUACAACUAGGUGGAUAAAUUUUAUUAUGAACAACCUAGGUGAUAUAUUGAAAAAAUACAAAAUUUAUAAAGGAGUAUCAAAAAAUGAUGAUAAAAAUAUGUGCUAUAUAAAUAAUGAUAACACCAAAAAUAAUUAUCAACAAAAUAAUUAUCAAAAAAAUAUAUUAUGUUCUAAUGAACAAUCUGUUUUAUUACAUUCGAGGCAAUCAGAAUAUGAAAAAUGUAAAAUUUUAAUUAUUGAAAAAGAAUCUCUUAGAAAUAAAAAAGAAAUGAAAGAUUUCUUUAUGCAAAUUGAACAAAAUAAUAAUGAAAAUAUUCUGAGGAUAAGAACAAAUGUAUCAGAUUUUAAUUUAAAUCAAUUUAUUCAUUUUAUAAAACAUAAAAAUCUAAAAGCUAACCAUUUCUUAGUACCAGAUAUUAUACAAUUUUAUUAUUAUAAUGAUAUUUAUAAAAAUAUACAAAAAGAAAAUCAAGAAUUAAACACAAAGGAUGAACAAAUUAAAUAUAUUACACAUAUUAAAAAUUUUAAUAAUGAUAAAACGUCUUUUUUUUGUGAACAGUUUUUAAAAAAUAAUUUAUUAUGCAUUGAGAGUUACUUGGAUAUUAAUGUGCAAAAGCUUUACACAUCUUUAACCCAGGGAAAUAAUAACCUUAAAAAGGUCUACAACAGUGUUAAUAAUUUUUUAAAAGAUUUUGACUUUCAAAAGGUUACAUAUUUAACCAAGCAUUUAUGUGGAAAUGGCACUGACCUAGCCUUAAGAAUGUUAGUAAAUAGCGUGAAGGAUAACGUUGUAGAAAAUUAUUUUAUCUUAGCUCCUUGUUGCCACCAUAGGUGUGAAGUUAAAAAAAUUGUGGGGUAUAAAUAUUUAAAAGAAUUAAAUAU